AUGAGAAUAAGCUGUGUGAAGACUUUGUUUCCAGUCUUGUCUGUUGCUGUGUUGUUUCUCUAUAUGAGCUUGAUGAGGAAGGAUAUUCAUACUCAAGAGAAGCAGCUCCACCAAGUCCAGCAGAACUUCUCGUUACACAGUGCACUUAUCCUCAACAAGCUGGACAAACUGGACGCUCAUUUAAAUGCAGUGGAAGAGAGAAGCCUCAAAAUGAGACACGAGAAGCCAGCAAAGAAGCUGUUCCCAAACUCAAAUCUCUUCAAGCAAUGGACUGUUGAACUUUCUGAGGAUGACCAGAGGAAGGCUGAGGAUCUCUUUCAGAAAUACGGCUAUAAUGCCUUCCUCAGUGACCAGUUGCCUCUGGACCGGGAGCUGCCGGACACUCGAGACCACAGAUGCAUUGGCCGUGAAUACCCCAAAAAUCUGCCCACCCUCAGUGUGGUGCUGAUUUAUCUGGAUGAGGCUCUCUCUGUCAUUCAAAGAGCCAUUUGCAGCAUCAUCAACAGAACUCCAGCCCACCUGCUCAAAGACAUCAUACUGGUGGACGACCACAGCACAAAUGAAGAUCUGAAAACACAGCUACAUGUUUAUGUCAGCUCCAUCAAUGAGAAGCACCCAGGCCUGGUGAAGACGGUGACCCAUUCAGAGCAGAAAGGUCUUUCCCAGGCCAGAAUCUCAGGGUGGAAGGCUGCCUCUGGGGAUGUGGUUGCCAUUUUGGACGCUCACAUUGAGGUCCAUGUCAAAUGGGCGGAGCCUCUGCUUGCACGUAUCCAGGCUGACCGUACGCUGGUCCUGAGCCCCGUGUUUGAUAAAGUCAAUUACCAUGACUUGCAAGUGACAAACUAUUUCGCCUCUGCUCAUGGUUUUGACUGGGCUCUCUGGUGCACGUACGUGGCAUUCCCACAGAAGUGGUAUGAUCAAAACGAUCCUUCACAGCCAGGAAAGAGUCCGUCUGUCAUGGGAAUACUCGUGGUUGAUCGUCUGUUCUUUGGUGAGAUUGGGACUCUGGAUGGAGGGAUGGAGGUGUACGGAGGAGAGAAUGUUGAAUUAGGAAUACGGGUGUGGCUGUGUGGAGGAAGUAUAGAGAUUGUACCCUGCUCUAAAAUUGCUCACAUCGAGAGGGCACACAAACCAUAUGCAACUGAUCUUAGCAAUGUCAUGAAGAGAAAUGCCCUGAGAGUGGCAGAAGUUUGGAUGGACGAAUACAAGGAAAAUGUGAACAUUGCCUGGGGUCUUCCUAUACAGAACCAUGGGAUAGACAUUGGCGAUGUAUCGGAGAGAAAGAAACUGAGAGAGAGGCUGAAAUGCAAGCCAUUUAAAUGGUAUCUGGAAAAUGUCUAUCCUGAGUUAAAUCUCAUUAAUUUAUUAGCUUAUGGAGUGCUGAUUAAUGAUCUGCAAACAAGUUUAUGUUUGGAUAAGGGGCCACUUGAGGAGAACAAUCCCAUUUUAUAUCCAUGUCAUUUCAUGGAAUCACAGAUAUUUUACUAUACAGCAAGUGGUGAGAUAUUUGUGCAUCCCCUUCAGUCUUUUAAAAAUGAUCGGAGCCGCUGUCUAACUGAUCCCGGCUCAGGCAGGUUUCCAGAGCUGUCCUGGUGUUCAGACACUGAAAAACCAAAACACAUGUACUGGAACUUCAAACAGGGACAGGCCAUACAGAACAGAGAAACCAAACGCUGUCUGGAGAUCAGCACUGACCAGACAGGAAAAUAUGAAAAGAAUGUUUUUCUUCAGGACUGCAGAAACCAACACUGGAAGAUACAGAAUGUAAUUCAGGACGUAUGAAAUGCAAGAUAUAAUCAAUCUAUAUAAACACAGAUAACAUGCUGGAGUGUUAGUGGUAAAAAUGCGAAUGCAGCUAUGAACUCAAAGAGACUGUGUGAAAAAUGUUCAUGUUUCAUACUAAUCUACCCUAUUCCUAAUAGCCAGCUAUAGGACAUGUUGUCACAGAAUGCCAAUGUUUAUGAAAAGAAUAAUUCAUCCAAAAAUUACAAUUCUCUCAUCAUUUAUUUAGCAGAAUAUCCAGACUGUUGUUUUCCAUACAGCAAAAGUGAAUUCGGUUAAAAUAUUGACUUCCGUCAUAUAGCACUCCUGGAGCAUUUCAAAUCCUUGUGGAGUUUUAUGUUUUUUCAUGUAACUACACUCUCAGAAAUAAAGGUACAAACGCUGUCA